CACCGACCGCCGGAGCAGUGAGUCGCACGUUUCACCGUCCCAACAGAACUAAUACCGGGCCGUUAGCUAUUUCUGUGUCUACAAGAAACUACUACUACUCCCUCGUAUUGCGCUUUGCGCUGCAUUAUCAACAGUGCAUUAUUUGUGAUUGUAAGUGUAUGUGUGUGUGUGUGUGAGGCAAAGUGUUUGUUUUGUGUUUGAUUUGAAGCGAUAUUGCUUCCCUCGAUUGUGCGCCAAGUCACACAGGGCGCGCCUUGCGUUACGCGGCUUGGCGCAGCUUGCAGCACAGAUUAACUGUGCUCACGUGUCCAUAAGUGAAGCAUCUUAACAACGGGUGCGACGUAAGAGAAGGAAUGAAGUGUUUGACGCGCUGCGUCCUCUGCCGAGUGACGAAACUAUGAAGUGUUGUGCGUUUGUAGUGGAAACAGUGUGCAAGCUAGAAUUCUCCAGUGCCGAGUGGAAGGACACGCACGGUGUCUAGCAGUGUUUAGCAGCGAAUUAGCGAAUUUCAUUAGCACCAAGAUGGUUGGCCAACCAGCGACUGUGAUAUUAAGCGUUACGCUCCUCGCUGUCUGCAGUGUGUUCCAGCAUUCGGCGACAUUCGUUAGUGCGCUCGACGAGGGUCAUGUUGUGCGUGAGCAGGACGCCGCCAAUGCACACGGUGCACCGGAAAUCGACACCGUCGAGGAGGAGAUCGUACUACCGAAGGGUGCUAGCUGGAACUUUACCUGUAAAUCCGCCCAGCCGAUCUUGUGGAAAAGCUAUGCCGCAUCGUUCCACUGGGAACCACCUAACGUGUACCCUGUGGACUUUGAAACGGACGAUCCCGACAAACCGUACGGUAGCGUGCUGAUGCUAACGGACGCGUCAGCCAAACAGGUCGGCCGGUACUACUGCAUCAACGUUGCUUCGUACGACGAGGAGCGCGAGGAUGAGCUGGACGAUAUGGUGGCCGAAUAUCUGGCCUCCACCGUGUACGUGUAUGUGAACGAUCCGGAGCAUCCGCUCGUGCCGGUAUCGUCGCCAGUGUUUCGCGUCCAGCAGUACGAUGACUUUGUCAUCCCGUGCAAACCAACGCACCCGGAAGUGGAGGUGGAGCUGUACAACGAUCUCGAAGGGAAUUUGGUUGAAACCUAUGAGUACAGUAAUACCCAAGGAUACAAACUAAGCUUUAACAGGCUGGAGGAAGGUGGUUUCUACUACUGCCAGGUGAAAGAUAAACCCGACCAACGCAUAGACUUUGAAGUAACGAUCAUCGAACACUACGAUUCAGAAGAAGCAUUAACCGAGUACUUAACGAAACCGUCGAUCCAUAGCGAUACGAAAGAUCACGUACCGCUCGGUCAGCGAAUCCGGCUCGUCUGCAAGGUGAACAUCCGGGCCGGCGUUAACCUGGACAUGAUUUGGAAGGUUCCGCCGAAUCUCAAUCCAGCCGUCAGGGACGCAAGAGUAAGGUUAGGAUCGUUGAAGCUGAAUCCGGUGAAAGACGCCGCUCACCGGGAGAUCGCCUCCCGGGAGCUCAUCAUCGAGCGGGCAACGAUGGCCGACGAUGGCACGUACCGGUGCGAGGUGAUGGAUGUGAACGGUCACCGGAACUAUCACAGCUUCAAGCUGCACGUGCACGAUUCCGGCGACGACUAUGUGAUGCUGCGCGAGGAGAACAAUCUUGACGACAUUAACGUGCGGCGCAAUGCGAACGGCAAAACGGCACCGAUCGACAUCGUGAUCGAGUACCGAUCGUACCCGGCUAACAUUACCUACUACUGGUUGAAGGAUGACGAUAUCGAGGUGAUGGCUGGCCAUCACGGCAAGUACGAGCUGACGCACACUGAGACGGUCGUGAAGCUGCGCAUCAACGAUCCGUCGGUGACCGAUACCGGCAACUACACACUGUUCGUGCUGGCUGGCAAUGCGGAAAAGUCACACCGCAUAGGGGUGUACGUUUACGCCAAACCGAUCGUUCACAUGGAGAGCAAGUUUGUAAAACCGAACGAAGAGGUCUCGUUCACGUGCCGAAGCAUCGGCUAUCCAAGGCCGGAAAUUUCGUUUAUGUUUCUUCCCUGUCUGGAGGUGCCCUGGAGGAAUUGUUCCGCAUCAAGGACCAAUAAGGACAAAUGGGACUCCUCGAGCCCGGCUAUCAGUUCGGAGUCGUCCGCAAGACUGACCCCCGGAGGUAAAGGCGAAACCCCAAUCGCAAAGUCACGGGUCUACACUCUUACGCCCAAACAGCCGGGUGUGGUGUACUGUCGCGCUACCAACCUGGAGGGCAGCGAAAUAACGGAAGCCGAUCUGCUCGUCAGCGAUCUGUCCGACUCGGUAACGCUGGAAAAGGAGCAACCGAAGGAAGCGAUCACCGUCGGCGAUCAUGUCACGAUCGUCUGCUCAGCGCUAGUGUACAACUACACCAAAGACAUAACGUUCGUGCACAACGAUAAAGAGCUGCAAGAGUCGGACGGUGUGCGGCAUGACUACUCACCGGAGCUGUACGCCUGGCAGGCACGGCUUGACAUCGCACACGUGGCGACCGAACACGAAGGCCCAAUAUACUGUCGAGCGAAAACCAUGACCGGUGCAGUGGAAAGUCGUGCCUUCCACGUGGAGGUGCUGGAACCGGUCGCACCGAUGCUUGUUUCGGGCAAGAGUAAUGAGAGCCUGUCGGUUGAUUUGCACGAUCCGCUGAAGCUGGAGUGUGACAUCGUCGGUACGCCCGAUCCCAAGAUCGUUUGGCUAAAGGACGGCGAACCGGUGCGGCCGGACGAGAACAGCAAUCGGGUGCAGCUCACCAAAACGACACUCAUCUUCGAGUACCUGAAGACGGACGAUCUGGGAAUGUUCGAGUGCCGGGCGGAGAACAAGAUGGGCACGAUCGAGAAGUACUGGAAGGUGGAUGUGCGAACUGCCGUUGUGAGGAAAUCGGUCAUCUACAUCAUUUUGUCCCUCCUGCUGGUGCUAAUCGUCGGUAUCGUGCUAGUGUCGCUGUUCUACUGCCGGAAGAAGAAGGAAGUGAAAGCGAUGAAGGAAGCGGGCAUUGUCAACUUUGAGGAAGGUAAUCUGGGCGUCUACAAUCCCGAACUGGCGCUGGACGAACAGGCCGACCUGCUGCCGUACAAUUCCGAGUACGAAUUCCCCAAGGAGCGGCUCAAGCUGGGCAAGCAGCUCGGCACUGGUGCGUUCGGUGUGGUGAUGAAGGCCACCGCCCAACGCAUCAUGGUGAACGAGGACGAGACGACGGUCGCCGUGAAGAUGGUGAAAAAGCAAACGGACAAUGAGGUGAUGCGGGCGCUCGUUUCGGAGCUAAAGAUCAUGGUCCAUCUCGGGCAGCACUUGAAUGUGGUGAAUCUGCUUGGCGCGGUUACGAAAAACAUUGCCAAACGUGAAUUGAUGGUGAUCGUUGAGUACUGCAGGUUUGGCAAUGUGCAAAACUUCCUGCUCAAACAUCGGCCACACUUUAUCGACCAGAUUAACCAGGAGACGGGUGAGAUCGAUUCGUCGAUCGACAAGAAUCAGCUACGGUGGUCCAAGUGUGGAUACCAGUAUAAUAGCCAGGGCUUGAAAUAUGUCAAUCUUUCCUUUUCCACCAACAACGUCAACCAUCAUCCACUUCAACAUCCGACUGCUUUCUACCAUAAUAAUCACAUCGACAGCGGCUCGACGCAGUACGUUGAUCCGAAGAAGCACCUAAACUCAAAGGGCUAUGUGCGCCACUCCGGGCUGCAAAACAUGGGCAUGGUCGAUAGUUGCAACACGGAAGUGACCGCCAUGACAUCGGUUGAAGUGGAAGACUUGAACUCGGUCAAUUCGAAUGAGCCGCUAUGGCGCUCCAACUACGGCAUGGACUACAAGGGGCCGGCACGCACCGUUAACACGACCGAUCUGGUCUGCUGGGCGUCACAGAUUGCCUGCGGCAUGGAGUAUCUGGCAUCGCGCAAGGUACUGCACGGUGAUCUGGCCGCCCGUAACAUACUGCUGUGCGACGACAAUGUGGUGAAGAUCUGUGACUUUGGGUUGGCUCGGUCGAUGUACAAGAGCGAUAAUUACAAGAAGAAGGGUGAAGCGCCGCUACCAUUCAAGUGGCUUGCACUGGAAUGCAUUGGCGACAAUGUGUUCAGCACGUACUCGGACGUGUGGGCUUACGGUAUAGUGCUGUGGGAGCUGUUUUCACUCGGCAAAGUGCCUUACCCAGGGAUGGAGGCGAACCAGGAGCUGUACAAUAAGCUGCGCGAUGGCUACCGGAUGGAUAAGCCACAGUACUCGAACCAAGACAUUUACGAUAUUAUGCUGAACUGCUGGAACGUGAAGCCUGAUUCGCGACCAUCGUUUAAGGAUCUGAAGAGCAGGUUCAAUGCAAUGCUUCCGGAUGAUAUGCGAGAUCACUAUCUCGAACUGAAUGAGCCAUACCUACAAAUGAAUGCCGAAAAGAUGGAACGAGGUGAUACCGAUUACCUGGCUAAUCUCGGCCCUCCAGAAGAACCAGCACCAGCGGCACCAAACUAUGUCAAUGGCAUCAUUUUACCUCUUCCACCGAUUUCGGAGAUUCGUAACGACAAGGACUACCUGAAGAUGUCCCGCACAAAGUCCGAGUCGGAGGAGAGCAACUUUGACUUUGCCUCGUUCAACAGCGAUCGCCAUUCGCCCACGAUACGCAACAAUCUCGACACUAGUCCGCCCAACGGCAGCAAACGGCACAAGAAGCGGGGCCUGCCGGAGGAAAUCCCCAUGCUCGAUGGGAACCGGUUAUCGUCCACGGCGAACGGGUUUAACUCCGAUUCCGAAACGGAACCGGUCAGUCCUAAACCGCGCGAACGCACAAGCAAGCACAACCCGGAGCCGGAGUAUAUAAACGUGAAAGGAAGUAAGGUUGGCGGUGUUGGACGAGCACCGCUGUGUGACGACGAGCUGAGCCAGGAAGCGAUCAGCAAUCCGGGCUACAUAGCGCUCAGUAUGGUGGAUGAGAAGCGGUGUUAGUGAUAGUACUGCAAGUACGGUUAGCCAUUUUGUAAGGCAAAUCAUCCUUCCCGGCGAUGGUCCACUUUUGGUCUUGCAUUCGAUUUGCGCUCUCCGGGCAGUGAAACCUGGCCACACUUUACCGUUGAAGAACGUAAUACUUAAGGAAUUAGACUAUGAACAGAAAACUCCAACCCUCAUACGAAAGAAAGGAGCAUAGCUUACAUGAAAAAAGAUGCGUGUUUAUUUUUAUACAAACUUUAUACCGCUGUGCGCUACAUUGUCAGUAAGUCAGUAAAGGGUAAGUGUACAUAGUUGACGAAAGAAGUGUAGUGUUACGCCAUCGAAUCAGUUAAUUCAAUCACGUCCAAUGUAAUUUACUGUUAAGCUACCGAAAAAUAAAACUCCCAUCCAAGUAUUUA